AUGAUCUUGACCGCCCUUGCAACGUUGCGCAUGGCCGUGGGCUUCGGCCUAAUCUCCAUCCCGAGACAAGUCGGUGCAGUGUUCCUCCUCCCAUACACUCCUGAAGUUGCCAUCACGGCUAGAAUGGCUGGUGGGCGUGAUUUUACAGUCGCGGCUCUUCUUUUUGCCUGUCGGGACCAAGCUAUCAUUUCGGGCGAAACUGAUCCGGUUUUGAAGAACGCCCGUCAGGGCCAGCGCCUCGGCUGGACUGCUACGCAGAGAGCCUUGAUGGCAGGAAUGGUCGUUGAUGGUAUUGACAUACUGAAUGUCGUGAUUGGCUAUUUGGAGGGCACUUUGUCAAUUGAGGGAAAUAAUGACUCGUCCUUCCAGGUCUUAUUCGCCAGUUAUGUCUGCAUCGCCAUCGCAGCAGUCGCGCAGGCUACUUUCCUACCUACCAUUGUGCAUACGUCGAUGCAUUUUUCCACUCAAAAACCAAAAUUAUACACCGCUAUCGUCAAUCUCGUCGUUGUACCCUUGUACUGGACAUAUCUCCUCCAUUCUGGCUGGACGCGUGAACGAAUGUGGCAUUCUAUUGUCACCUUUGCGUUCUCCAUCCACUGCUACCAGUAUAGACCUACUGCAGCUCUCACUCCGACCGACACCUACAACGUUAGUUAUCCGGCCACGUACAGCACGGCAUUCCUCGGCCAGCCACUUCUCCUCGCGCAACUGGUGUUGUUUUCUUAUCGCAGUGCGACAUUAUACGGCGCAAUAGAGCAAACAGUCGGCACAUCGAUCACCGUGGCUGUCUUGUCUAUUGCAAGUAUUAUCGCCACAGAUAUAUCCGAAUCGUGA